CAGCGAUCCAAAUUAGAGUCUCCAUCCAAUUAAAAAUCCUCAAUGCUUUCGUGACAAUCAAAAUUUCCUGAUUUUCAGACGUAUCAAGGCCCCAACGAGAUUUUAGCAACCUCAUAACUUCAGGGUGACCGCCAGAUAGCCUUUAUAUCAAACUUCGAUCUUGCGACACGCGUUAAGCCUCUUCUACAUUAGAAGGGAUGAGAAAUAACAUAGGCACUUAGCAGUCACUUGCUAACCCCGUCUAAGAGUGACAUAAUUCGAUAUGGAUGCCCUUCUAAGGCUAAGAGUACCUACUGACGGCGAGGUCGAUUGGAAUUUGAGAAGUAUUCCCGUCACCUUCUGAGAUGUGAUUGAUCUGAAAGUAUCCAUUUCUGUGGAGUCAUUCAUCCAAUCCCGUCUGAUGUGGUCAAGAUUGGGCCCUCACCGGACUGAAGUAAUCUUGAGCAAUCACGAGGCAUUCUUCCCGACACACGAACCAAGAAAAGCCCCUGGAGUCAAUGAGUCUGGGAUCACGCCUUAACUGUCGCACCAUCAUGCGCAAACCGCCCAAUAUCCUGGUGUUCCCGCCUUCAAUCCAAGGUGGACAGGCCUUCGAGCGGUUAAAAACCCUCUUGGUAUCCAUAUUGGAGCCCCAUUCCUACACGAUUUACCCGCUGAAAGGAUCUGAGUGUCGCCAGAGUCUGUGGAUGGAUCACACGCAGCUUUUGAUUAACCUGGAAUCUUCUCGGAGUGACCCAGACAUUCUAACCAGGUUUCAGAGUUACUUGAGGUCACCAGAGGCGAUGCUGUUGCAUUUGAAUCCGGAAGAAGGACUAGCCACGCAUUUGAAAUUGGAUAGAUUUAGUACUUUGAUGCCGCCAUCCCACCGAUUAUGGUAUCCCGUGUGUUUGGAGAAGGUGGAUGAAUCUGUUCUGAAGGACAUCUUGGGCCAACACUUCGGACUGAGGCUACAAAGUGGACGGGACUCAUAUGAUGCAAAUUUAAAAGGGCCGGGUUAUCUGUAUGCCUCGGAUGAAGUGAUUCGAUUAAAGGCAUUAAACUUACAUGAUCAAUGGGGUCCGGAGCUGAGUGUGCAUGACGUUGUCCGACUCGAAUCGCCACUAUUCAACCGGACUGCUUUUCUUCGGCGCCUCCAGACUCGAUAUUUGGGCCGGAUUUUGUUGUUUUACCCCGUGAUUGGCUCGACCUUUGAGCCUUUAGAGCGAUCCGUGGGCAAUGGCGUGGUUGUCAUGGCCGAUCAACAAUCGGCGGGACAAGGUCGAGGGGGCAAUGCAUGGUUGAGUCCGCCGGGAUGUUUGAUGUUCUCGCUACAAUUAGGAUUGGACGUGAAAUCCGGCAUGGUUCAACGUGUGUCGUUGAUUCAGCAUUUGAUCGCAUUAGCCUUGGUCCACGCCAUCAGUCAGUUGACGGCACCGUCGGAAAAUAGUUUGCGGCUGAAAUGGCCCAAUGAUAUCUACUUGGGAUCCGACACGAAAAUGGGCGGGGUGCUAGCUAAAUCGUCGUUCUGCGGCUCGGAAGUGACCGUCAACCUGGGACUGGGAUUCAACCUGGACAACGCUUUACCCACAUUGAGUUUGAAUAGUAUUCUUGAUCAUCAACUUUCCCGGGAAGUAGUUUUGGCCGAGGUGCUGAAUGUUUUGGAAGACCUCCUGAAUCAGUUGGAAAGGGGCCAGAUCGAGUCCUUGCUACAACUGUACCAUCGUUAUUGGCUUCAUCAAGAUCAAGUGGUUCGAGUCAAACACGAUGCAUCGGAUGAAAUUUCCGUGAUGAUUAAAUCCAUCGAUGAAUUCGGUUUCUUGAACGCUGAGCGCUUGGACACUCGAGCCAGUUUGACCCUUCAUCCGGAUGGCAACAGCUUUGACAUGUUCCAAGGACUGAUUUUAAGCAAACGGUAACCGGGUGAC